AUGUCAGUUUGGUAGUUGGAAACAAGUGCUGACCGUGAAUAAAGCCCUCGAGUGGAGUCAAGCUGUUUUAUAGAAGUGUUUGGUUGUGGGGAGUUUUAAACUGUUUAUAGUUUUACGAAGGGAUUAAAAAAUACCGUACACGCUUUAUUGAUAUCUUAACCAACUAUGGCAGGAGCUAGUUUGGCUGAACAUGCCGUCCCUUUUGAGGAAACCUUUGAAUGGGGUAAGGAAUAUGAGACCUGUUUAUGACUUGGUGAAAGUGUUCCAAUUUUUAUGACAGUUCCUAAAUUCUUUUCUCUGCUACCAGGGGAUUUAUCUGAGGCUAAUUUCGACCCUGAUGACUUCCUACUAUCACAUGAUGACUUGAAAUUCACUGAUGAGGAGGUUUGGAUGAUUUUAUGAAAGACGUAGUUUUGUACUGUUAGUCUCGGACUCAUCGAAGCAAAUAGUGGAAAAGUAUUUCUGCCAAGUGCCAAGCUUUCGCUUUAAAAACCAACUGUAUUUCGAUGUUUUAUUAAGCUUUUAAAGUGUGAGAAAUAGUCUACGGUAUUAUGUGUGUAAUUUUGAAACAUAUAUAAGUUUUUAAAAGUAUUUUUGUAGCAGGAAAAUGAACUAUUUUGCAGACAAUUUGCGCUUACAAAUGUUCUAAUUUUAAACUUCCGGCCGCUUGCAAUGUGUAAAUAGCUGAUACAACGUUAUUUAUGGUUCUAUAUGGUUGGUUUUAUGUGAUAUUUUAUGUACUUAUAUGUACUAAAUAACAUAGAUUCUGCCAAAUUAUUGAUUUUACUACCAAAUAAAACCAGGGAAAUUAUAACUGCUAUAAUAACAAUUAUAGUUUUCGAGUUUGUAGUGACGUGUUUAUAUGCGAAUAAUUACACAUCGCUUUGUAAUUUAUCACUGAAUUUAUCACUGAAUUUGUUGCUAAAAGAUAUUAAAUAAAGAAUUUUUAACAUUGAAACUGUAUAUUUCCCAAAAUGUGCAAACCCCUAACUACUUAUUUCUAUGCAGAAGUAAAGGUGUUUUGUUAAAUUUGUUUUGGAAACAUUCACUGACACUACAGCACAAUAAAUACACGUCAGCUUAAUUUAUCAGCCAAUCAAUGAAGUACAUCUGUUUAUAUUGAGUGCAAAUAAUUUGAAAUUUUUAGAUGAAAGAUAUUGACUUGCAAGAUCUGGUCGGAAAACUCGAAGCAGAUGAUUUUUUAAGCAAUUUGCCAAACUUGGAUUGUAGUAGUUUGGGUAAUAUUUCUUGUCAGAAAUUUGCAUUAUUAAUAUUUAAAUAGUGUCAAUUCAUUUCUUGACUUGCUGGUACUCUUGCAUAAGCCAUGAUGUGGCAUUUAUUGGAUACAAGUGUCUGUCCAUGUGAUGAAAGCAUGUCUAAUAAGGGCCAUGUUUUAGGCACACAAUAUCUUGCAUCAUGGCAGCGAACUGAGUUACAACAAUGCUAUUAUUUUACUAAAUUGCUACAAGUUUAUUCCCACAAUUGUUAAGAAGAUGUAGUGCAGAGGCCUGUUGUCCAAAGCUGGACUAGCGCUAACCCUGGGUUAAAAUUUAACCUGCUGUUUUUGUUCAUGUAUUUUGCACAUUGUUUGUUUUAAAACUCCAGAGAAUAAAACUCCUGCUGCUCCAGACAAGAUUUCUAAAGAAAUAUUUCCAAAUUUAUAAGCAAGCUGUUGGGGUGUUUGCCCUAAGAACAGCAAUAAUUUGUUAGAGCAGUUUGAGUCACCAAUCUUGUGGCAAGCUGAUUUAACAGCUUGUCAAGAAACUGGGAAUAAACAGUGCUAUAACAAACUAAUUCUAACAAGUUUGCAAUAUGCAUUUAACAACUUUUGUAGUAGUGUUGCAGUUUCAUAUUCAUAAUUUCAAGCAAGAACAGCUAUAGCCAUUGUUAGAUGUCUGACGUCUGUGUGAACAAACCAGCUGUUUUCCAGAGUGCUUGAUGUCACAUAAAUACGUGGAUACUUAAGUUUUGCAUAUAGUCUACUUCACUUUUGUUUGACAUGAAUAUUUUAUUGUUAGAUAUUUUUAAAGAUGAACCAUUGUCUCCAGAUUCAGCUGUCUCUUGCAAUGAUUCCUCUCCAAGUUCACCAGACUCACAGGUAACUGGCGAUGUACAACCCCCUGAAACCUCCCUAACCUCUUUUCUGAAAUAUAUUUACCCUCCCUCUACCCUCCCUCCUCUAAAAAUGUUCAUCCCUUCCCUGGAAAAUAUUGUCAACAUCUCAUCCCACCCCCUUCUGAAAAAGUUCACCCCACCCCCUUCUGAAAAAGUUCACCCCACCCCCUUCCUUGGAAGAUUUCACCUCACCCCCUUCAUUGAAAAUGGUUACCCCUGGACCUUAAAAUACUCUUAAAAUAAUAAUUCUCCUAUUCUCUGGAAAAUGUCCUUGUUAUUGAAAGUUCCUCCCCCCCCCAGGUGCCCUAUUCUACUAUGAGGAAUGUUCAUCUUCUCUCUACCACACGAUCCUAGCUCUGCCCUCAGUCUCAAACUAACUUUGCAAACAUUCUAUAUUUCCAGGGUACAAGCAAUGGUAACAUCUCUCCUGUCCACAGUACUGGCUCCCUUUCUGACCAAGACAAUCACGAUCAUAUCAUGUUAACUGAUGUAACCCUUGACAACGAUUUUCGUGAAGAAUGCAUUAUUCAAGAAAUUGACAAAGGGAUUAGUUUCAAUGCUCCAGUGAAACACCAACAACAGCAACAAACACAACAUCAAACAAAACAGCCGAAACAAUUACAACAACAGAAAACUCAACAAAAUGUUCCAAAAACAACAUCAGUAAUCAAACCAGAAAACAAAAAACUCCAGCCAUGUGGCAUGAGGUCAACAAACGUGGCUCAAAUAAAAAAUGAACAAUUGAUGAACGCUCCCACACAAUGCAUGGUACUUUCAGGUGGUUUUCAACAAACUGAUCAAAAGCCUGUCAUUGUACAAAAUGUACAAAGUUUAAAAUUGCCUUUACCUCGGAAUGCAAAACAAAAUCCUAUAUUUAUUCAACCAGUGAACGGAAAUAUACCACUUCAGACUGUGUUACCGGUGGCGACCACACAACCUCAAAUACAGACUGUGAAUCUUGUAUCAAGUACUCCUAUGUUAAAACCAGGUAUGUUUGCAUACCAUUUCAGGGUCUGAAAUUUGCAGUAUCCCGAUGUCCACAGGAUACUAAAAUUUGGUUUUGGAUACCAAACUGUAAAUGACUUAUAUCCCAACCGGAUACUAAGAAAACUUCAAACAUUAGGAAAAUGUAAAGCACCUCUGACAGUCUCCUGAUAGCUUUUGAAUACUAUGAAUUUGCCAGCCAAGCCUUUCCACAUAUAAUGUGCAUUUUUGUGGAUUAAUGAAUUGUCUAGUUGUUGACAACUUGACUGUUGAAUCUCCUGUUGUUAUUGUAAUUUGUAACAGCGAGAGUUAUUGGAUGGGACAGGGUAUAAUACUUAUGGUAACCAGUAUCCAGAAGUGGGAUACUGCAUUCUCAGGGCGGAUACUAAACUUUGAAUCCUGGUAUCCCAGUUGGAUAUUGAAAAGAUAUUUAAAUUUCAGACCCUGCAUUUUCAUAGGCACAAUAUAUACCUGGGUUCAUGCAUCAACCAUAUCCCUUCGAGAUAGCCAGAAAGAUGUACACAAUACGAGGUUCCCAAAGUUCCUGAUCAUGGUGAUUGGCAGUCGCAACUUUUCUGAUUGAAAACCUCAGGGCCACAGCUAGACCGAUAAUUGUGGGGGGUGCAUAUUCAGAAAUUUGUGUUCUGCCCGACGGAUUUCUUUUAAAAGCAAUUGUUUUUAUGGUAUGCGAACAUGCAUAAUAUAUGAAUACACCCCCCCCCCCCCAAUUAUCGCGUCUAGCUAUGGCCCUGGAAAACCCUGCUUUUCUGCCAAUCAUAAACAAUUUCUUUCUGAUCAUUGAUUGUCUGCUAUUUCAAGCCCUGAUUUGUUUUCUUUCGGUUACUGUUAUUUAGUUUUGGUUCAAGCUGCAUUAUCAGGAAACACCAAGAUGUCAUGCAUACCAGUCUCACAGGCUGUACAAGGAACCAUCCCACAGACAACAAACACUGUUAUUGUAUGUAUUGUCAACUAGCAAAUGCGUUUAUUAUAUUCUGAAAUUUUCUAGAAAUUAAUAAGAAAUGAACAAUUGAUGAGCGCUCCUACACAAUGCAUGGUACUUUCGACCAGGUUUCAACAAACUGAUCAAAAGCCCGUCAUUGUACAAACUUUGAAAUUUCUAAAAAAAAUUUUUAAUUUUAGAAAUUUUUGUUCUUGUUCUAGAAAUUUUAUAGUGACAAUGCUUACCUUUCAGGGAACAGCGAAUAAUCCUUCUACAAUUAGGACUGGUCUCAAUCAAUCUAAUGGCUCCACUGCAACAGAUGUUGAUGUAAGUUGACUAAUUGAAUAUAAGAAAGCUUCAGAUUGAUAGGGAUACAACUAGCUGAAAAAUACAAGGAGAACUUUGACGUUUCGAGCGAAGGUCCUUUGUCGGGAAGUUCAUGAAACAUCGAAGUUCUCCUUGUAUUUUUCAGGUAGUUGUAUCCCUAUUGAUCCGAAGCUUUCUUAUUAUUGCCACUACUUACACUGGCACAGACAGUAAGUGAAUAUAAUAUUAUAAUGCAAUUUACUAUAUAUCUUGCACUUCUCAAUAUGCAACAUGUCUUUGUACACAGAUGAAAGUAUUGAGAAGACAACAGAGGAUGAUCAAGAACAGAGAAUCUGCUUGUUUGUCAAGAAAGAAGAAAAAGGAAGUAUGUAUACUACUGGGGGGGUUUUAGUGACAAUAGGCGAGUCUAUGACUCUAUGACCAGACAACAAGUGACUACUUGACUGAUUUCACAACCACCCAUAACAGAAUGUGUCUCAUUUGUGGUCUGCUCAAUGUAUGUUUCAGCAGCUUUAUUAGGAACUGAUUACUUUACAAUUAAUACACACACAAAUAACAACAGACAUAGAUUACCUUCCAAUUAAAAUACACAUUUACAAAUUUAAAUAGUUUUGUUUGUGGAAACACCACGUAAAUUUAUUACUGCAAAGCUUUUUAUUAUUAUUAUUAUUAUUAUUACACAUAUUAUUAUUAGCACUGAUGAAGAUCCGGGCUUACGGAUCGAAAGCUUUGCAGUAAUAAAUUUACGUGGUAUUUCCACAAACAAAACUAUUAUAUGUUUUAUCGCCAUGCAAAUGUACAAAGAACUUAAAUUUAAAUAGACAUUUACAAUUUUUUUUAAAUACACAUUUACAAAUUUCACAUUGAAGAUCUAAAAUCUUUGAAGGUGUUUUUAUAUAUCCUGCAAGUAGUUCAAAUAUUUAGACGCACUAAAUAUUUUUAAUGUAGCUAACUGAUAGUGUAUAUCCACAGAUACCUCUUUACAAUAUUUAAGACAUAUUGGAACAUGUGCAGGUCAUUGAACAUUCCCUCCUUCUCUAUUUAGUAUUUGCAAAGCCUGGAAGCGAAACUUAAAGAAUUAUUGGCUCUGAACGCUCAAGUCACGCAAGAAAAUGAAUUGCUUAAGAAGAGAUUGGCGGAGUUGGAAAAAGAGGUACUUGUAUCACCUUGUGUUCAGUGGCGUAGCCAGCAAAACAGAUGUGGGAGGGGGGGGGGGGCAAUGUAUGACGUCAUCAAGACAUUGUUUGGUAGUUAUACGAAGGCCAAAGGCGUGAGCCAGCUAGGGGGUCUGGGGGCAUGCUUCCCCUCCUCCCCAUGGGGCUACACCUCUGCUCUUGUUUAUGGGGCAAUGUAUUUAUUUAUUAUAUUGGUUCUUUUAGAACAAUGCAUUUAAGAAUUUGACUGGGAUGAACCUCAGUGGAAACGUCGCCAAGUCAACAUGCGUUUUUGUUAUUUUACUGUUCGUUGCUCUUAAUCUUAACGGCUUUAGGUAAGAGGAAAGAAUGAGGAAGAUAAAUUGUACUUUCAUGAGAGUGCAUGAGAGUUUGCAGUCACGCGAUCUUGGUUAGCAGUUCUUAUCACUAUCAUGUAUUCUGUUCAAUGUGAAAAGAAGAAAGGCGCUCUAAAAACUGCACUUGGUUCGUUAGAUCGUCAUCCAUCAUCUCGGAUAAGGAGGAUGAAUCGUACUUUCUUAAACCCGCGGAUCAAACGAUGACGAGAGUACAUGACAGUUGGCAGCAUGGAAAUAUUAGACCCUAAUUUUUCGGUCUAAUAUUUCUAUAGUUGGCAGUCAGUUAACUGUUUUUAAUGCUUUCCCAACACUAUCAUGUAUUUUGUUCAAGUUAAACCAUAGUUGGAACAUUCAUCAAACCUUUAUUUCAGGUUAAUCUAGAGCUUGAAAUGUCCCCUGUAACAAUGCGACAACUCUAAUCUUUGAUAGGGGUUUGACAACUACCAGUGACCACAUUUUGCUGUACGCCAUAGUGCUUAUUGAGACCAACGCAUGCAAUUUCCUUGUAUUUUUUAGCAACUUUAAAGAGCAGCUAAAGGAAGGCCCAGGUUUACUGGAAAGUUCUACAGGCAAGAUACACCAAGGUCGCGCCUUGUUAGAAUACACGGAUAAAUACAACAUAGACAUUGAGAAAUUCACGUCGGCAAAACAAAACCAAGAAAAUACAAAGAACAGACGUGAAAAUAAAAAGAAUAUGAUGAAAAAAGGUCUGGAGAUUGAACGAGACAACGGAAAAAAUGCUAAUUCGAUGAGGAAGAACGACGUUUUAAAAGAAAAAAGGGUUCGCGCAGCGAGAAAUGCGACGCAGGAGACGCCGUCCGUAUGCAAUCCAACGCCUGUCAUGAACGAAACUGAAAACAAUCGGUGAGUUUCAUUGAAACAUGCGCAACAUUAAUUUGAGGUAGAAUUCGCCAUCAUUUGCCAAUAUUUUCCAAUUAUUUUACCGAAUAUUUUUGGAUAUUUGUGUAAAACUUUGGAUAGUUCAACUAGUUCUAUACCUAUGUUUCAUACCUAUAUUCUCAGGUUAAACGAGCUGUUAGAAUUGUUGAUUCGAAAACAUGAAAUGGCGAGAAUAUCGGAACGACUUGGUAAAGAGAGCCAAGAGUAUACAAGAUCACCAAUCUCAGAUCUUGUUACGAAAAUGAAACAGAAUUCCACGAGCAGGACAGAUCUAAGGUAAGGAGGCGUUACUACUGAUUACUGUACAGGCCAUGCCAUCUGUAGUCUCUCAUUAUAUGACUGUGUGUGUCUGUCUGUUUGUCAGGUCGUUUAUGCUUAAGAAUUCUCAGUCGAAAGAACUCCAAGUAGCCUCCAGAUAUACAGGGUAAGUUUUCCAUUGAUAAACCUGCUUGUAUUCAGUAUAUUUCAGUGUUAGAAUAGUUUGUUUGUGGAAACACCACGUAAAUUUAUUACUGCAAAGCUUUCGAUCCGUAAGCCCGGAUCUUCAUCAUAUGCUAAUGAUAUGACAUAUUAUUAGCACUGAUGAAGAUCCGGGCUUACGGAUCAAAAGCUUUGCAGUAAUAAAUUUACGUGGUGUUUCCACAAACAAACUAUUAUAUGUUUUAUCGUCAUGCAAACAUACAAAGAACUUAUAUUUCAGUGUUGGUGAACAACAAGCUAACUUUUUUUGGUUAUUUUAGUUCUUUCAGAUCAUUUGAACAGGCGUUCAACCGACAACGUGACACUUCUUACGUAGUCUCCUUCAGGAAGGUAGGAACGUUCAUGGCCUCCUUUUGACAAACGCUGAGCAUAACAAUGUCAUCCAGUGAUUGGAAUGUUUCGUUGUCUUUUCAUUGUUUCGAAAAUCCCACUGUUCUCCAUGCCAUCCACUGAAUGAUCCAGUGAUCAAAAUGUUCCAUUGUCUUUCAUUGUUCUGAAAAUCUCACUGUUCUCCAUGCCAUCCAAUCAUGAUCAAGUGAUCAGAAUGUUCCAUUGUCUUUUCAUUGUUUUGAAAAUCCCACUGUUCUCCAUGCCAUCCAGUCAUAAUCCAGUGAUCAGAAUGUUCCAUUGUCUUUCAUUGUUUUGAAAAUCUCACUGUUCUCCAUGCCAUCCAAUCAUGAUCCAGUGAUCAGAAUGUCCCAUUGUCUUUCAUUGUUCUGAAAAUCUCACUGUUCUCCAUGCCAUCCAAUCAUGAUCCAGUGAUCAGAAUGUCCCAUUGUCUUUCAUUGUUCUGAAAAUCUCACUGUUCCCCAUGCCAUCCAGUCAUAAUUCAGUGAUCAGAAUGUUCCAUUGUCUUUUCAUUAUUUUGAAAAUCCCACUGUUCUCCAUGCCAUCCAGUCAUAAUUCAGUGAUCAGAAUGUUUCAUUGGCUUUUCAUUGUUUUGAAAAUCCCACUGUUCUCCAUGCCAUCCAGUCAUGAUCAAGUGAUCAGAAUGUUCCAUUGUCUUUUCAUUGUUUUGAAAAUCCCACUGUUCUCCAUGCCAUCCAGUCAUAAUUCAGUGAUCAGAAUGUUUCAUUGGCUUUUCAUUGUUUUGAAAAUCUCACUGUUCUCCAUGCCAUCCAGUCAUGAUCAAGUGAUCAGAAUGUUUCAUUGUCUUUUCAUUGUUUUGAAAAUCUCACUGUUCUCCAUGUCAUCCAGUCAUGAUCAAGUGAUCAGAAUGUUCCAUUGUCAUUUCAUUGUUUUGAAAAUCCCACUAUUCUCCAUGUCAUCCAUUGCAUUAUUAUUUAGACUAUCAGUUUCUGGGGGGGGAUUAGUUUAGGGGGAGGGGAUUAGUUUACCAACAUAUGACCAACUUUUGUAGCUGGCAAUCGUACUUUGAACUUUUUUGCCUCAAAUGACAAAGUUCAUACAAUAUAUUGUCUUUCAAAACGUUAAAGUAUAUUUUUCUUCAGGAUCAUCUUAUGUUCCCAGCAACUGAAGUGAACUCGACACGCCUGCCAAAGAUGUCGUUUAUUUUACCAGCGCCUAGUGGAGGUAGGGUUAUAUCUGAAAAUAUCGAUUUAUAUUAGGGUCUAGAGACGAGGUCAUUUGCAACACAGAUUGUCACGCCACAAAUAUUGUUAUGCUUCUUGGCUUCCAGUGAAAACACGUACUAACGAACUGUUUUCAUCAUUUCCCAGACGCUAGAUGGCGAGUAAAGAAGAACUACAUUCCCAUGGUAAGAAUGGAUUGUCAGCUGACAAACAGUAAAAGAAUCUUUUUGAAAAGAUCCAGUAUUCCGCCCAAUGUCAUGGAUAUGUCGUAUUUAUAUACUGCACCUUUUGUAAAUAGUAAUGAUGAUCGUAAUUGAAUCGCAAAGCGAAAUAAAGUUGUUGUAUUUGUA